GCCGCCGCCGCCGCAGCGGCGUUGCUCCUGGGGUGCUGCGGCGCGGUGCUCGCCAGUGGCAUCCAGGAUCAAGCAGAACAGUUCUUCAAAAGUGGGCAUACAAAUAACUGGGCAGUUCUGGUAUGUACAUCUCGAUUCUGGUUUAAUUACCGUCACGUGGCAAACACUCUUUCAGUAUACCGAAGUGUCAAGAGAUUGGGCAUUCCUGACAGUCACAUUGUCCUGAUGCUGGCAGAUGAUAUGGCAUGUAAUCCCAGGAAUCCUAAACCAGCUACUGUGUUUAGUCAUAAAAACAUGGAGCUAAAUGUCUAUGGAGAUGAUGUGGAAGUGGAUUACAGAAGCUAUGAGGUUACCGUGGAAAAUUUCUUGCGUGUAUUAACAGGAAGAAUCCCACCAAGCACUCCCCGAUCUAAACGUCUUCUUUCUGAUGACAGAAGCAAUAUUCUAAUAUAUAUGACAGGUCAUGGUGGGAAUGGUUUCCUAAAAUUUCAAGAUUCUGAAGAAAUCACAAAUGUAGAACUUGCUGAUGCCUUUGAGCAAAUGUGGCAGAAAAGAAGGUACAAUGAAUUGUUGUUUAUUAUUGAUACUUGUCAAGGAGCAUCCAUGUAUGAACGAUUUUAUUCACCUAAUAUAAUUGCCUUGGCUAGCAGCCAAGUAGGAGAAGAUUCUUUAUCACAUCAACCUGAUCUUGGGAUUGGUGUUCAUCUUAUGGACAGAUACACAUUUUACAUGCUAGAAUUCUUGGAAGAAGUUCAUCCAGCCAGUCAGACAAAUAUGAAUGACCUUUGCUUUCUUGAGAGUUGUAAAAGGCAAGUGGAAGAAGUGCAAGCAGUUCCAGGUGCAGGAACAAUUGGUGAAAUUGGUGCUGCCCUCCUUCAAGAGUUAGAGGAUGGUAACUGUGUGCGAGAAAUAAGUGGCUGAAAAACAUUAAGCUUC